AUGGCAAAUUGGAAUACCUUAAUACCGUCUCAAUUCAAGCCCUCCGGUUUCAUUUCGGCUCUACGAACAUUCUUAGGUGGAAGAAAUUUCAAGCCUAAUAUAAGAAUGGUUGAUGAAGUCUCGUCAGCAACUCAACCUCCACCUGAUGUUCCAGGAGGACCUAAUCAUACAGUUUUUAAUAAUUAUUACUGUACACGUGACAGCCGUAGAGAAGUUACACAACCAGUAAUAAUUUUCGAAAAUAGUUCAAAACUUAUUGAAAAUACAAAGAAACCUGAUUCUGGCUGCCCAUCAAAAGCGCCUCUUCCAGGAAAAGUUUUCCACUGGGAUUAA